AUGCAACGGUUGGUGGAGACCAGAAUUGUUGGAGCGUUUUCAAGUCUUGCCAAGCGCUAUUGCCACGGGGCACUGGGAGGAAUUGUGGAUUUGCACGUCCAGCUGGCAGCUUGCUAUCCCUCUCACUGUGCACCAGACCUCAAGGGCGGCAGGAGAGGAAACACCGGCCCACCCCAGACCAACGAGGACGUGGCAUCGUGUCACAGCAGUGUCUGCCGCUGCGAUCAUGUCAAGCACUUACCAAGCAUCUUAAUUUCUUCCCCCCCCUCCCAUUUUACGUUGCUUAUCUUAUUAUUUUUUUUUGUUUGUCUGUGUGUGUCGUACCGUCUCAUCCCUCCCGCUCCCCCCGCCGCCAUUUUCUGGUGCCCCCCCCGGUGUGUAAAGACCAUCGUGCGAGGGAACAGAACUGCCAAAGAUGGCUCCCUGGCCUGGCUGCUGGAUGAGUUUGAGAACAUGUCCGUGUCGCGCUCCAAUUCCCUGCGCAGGGACAGCCCUCCCCUCCCGGCCCGGCACGAACAGCUGUACCAAGAGAACGGCCUAAGCGAGGCUUGGCUCAAGCCGCGGCCACCGCCGCCCCCCAGCGAGGAGGGGAGCCGGAGCCGAGAGCGCAAGGAGCGGAGCCGCCACACCUCCCGGAGUGAGCAGGAGCACGGCAGAGAGAGAAGCAGGGAGAACAGGACUGCUGGGGGGCAACACCCCCGGGGGCAGGAGCCCCCAGGCAAAGCUCACCAGCCCCCCAGCCACCGGCCACCCCCUCCUGAGUACCACAAGGUCUCCUCGGAUGGCAGGCACAGAGCCCACGAGCGGGACGGGAGAAAGGAGCCCUCGUGGGACAAGGAGCCGUCCGACCGCGUGGUCAGGAGGGAGCGUGCUGACGGCCCUGAGAAAAGACCCAAAUCUACAUACACGGGAGCGACCAGCCCACAGUCCCCCCGGGAAAAGCGGCCUCUUUCAGGACCAAAUAUCCGGACCCCGAACAUCCCCAUCUCGGAGGGGGUCAUGAAAACAGCACAGCAGACUGGGCGUCCUUUUAACACGUAUCCACGAGCUGACACCGAUCCCGUCCGGGGCUCUCAGGGGGAGCACAGAGCCGGGAAGCCCCAGGAAAGCACCUCCAACGGCCCCAUAGGCGAACACAGCGGGUCCUCGAGGGUCCCGCCGUCAGGCCCCCUGAGAUCCAGAAACGCAGAGCCCCCUCCCGCCGGACUCCCCCAGCACGCCUCUGACCCCCAUCUGCUACACACCCCCCAGCCCGCCCCUCCGCCCUCCUAUUCGCAGCAGCCGCAGCCGGCUCCACCGCACCAGCCCCCUCUCCCUCCUCCCCCGGCCCCACAGCAGCAUCAACCCCGCUCCCCGCAGCGCGAGCCCCAGCGUGUCUCGCACGAGCAGUUCCGGGCGGCCCUGCAGAUGGUGGUGGACCCCGGCGACCCCCGGAGCUACCUGGACAACUUCAUCAAGAUCGGAGAAGGCUCCACGGGCAUCGUCUGCAUCGCCACCAUCAAGAGCUCCGGGAAGCUGGUGGCUGUCAAGAAGAUGGACCUGCGGAAGCAGCAGCGGCGGGAGCUGCUCUUCAACGAGGUGGUGAUCAUGAGAGACUACCAGCAUGAGAACGUGGUGGAGAUGUACAACAGCUACCUGGUGGGUGACGAGCUGUGGGUCGUCAUGGAGUUCCUGGAGGGAGGCGCCUUGACCGAUAUCGUCACGCACACCAGGAUGAAUGAAGAGCAGAUUGCAGCCGUCUGCCUCUCUGUCCUGAAGGCGCUCGCUGUCCUCCACGCCCAGGGAGUGAUCCACCGAGAUAUCAAGAGCGACUCCAUCCUGCUCACGCAUGAUGGCCGGGUCAAGCUCUCUGACUUUGGGUUCUGCGCGCAAGUGAACAAGGAGGUGCCGCGACGCAAGUCCCUGGUUGGGACGCCUUACUGGAUGGCUCCGGAGCUCAUCUCCCGAUUGCCCUACGGCCCAGAGGUGGACAUCUGGUCCCUGGGCGUGAUGGUGAUCGAGAUGGUCGACGGGGAGCCCCCCUAUUUCAACGAGCCCCCCCUGAAGGCAAUGAAGAUGAUCCGAGACAACCUGCCCCCCAAGCUGAAAAACGUGCACAAGGUGUCUCCUUCCUUGAAGGGCUUCCUGGACCGCUUGCUGGUCAGAGAUCCGGCCCAGAGGGCCACGGCCACUGAACUCUUGAAACACCCCUUCUUGGGGAAGGCUGGGCCCCCCUCCUGCAUCGUGCCACUGAUGAGACAGAACCGGAUGAGAUGAAAGGGGCCGAAGGAACGGGGCAUCUUACCAAAGAGAGGGGGGGCGGA